GAGAGGGGGGAGGCUGCUUUUCGAAGGUUAGGAGUUGAACGAGUCGUCUUCCCCACAAAACUUCAGACACGUUCACCAGUUGAAAGCCACCAGUCAUGCCGAUCUCUGCGCCCCUCCCCAUUUAAAUCCCCCGCGCGCGAGCUCAUUCAUUCUCUCUCUCUCUCUCAUAUUCCCUCACGGGCCCCCACCACCUUCCGUCCCUGCCUCUGCCUCUGCCUCCGCCACCGAUCCUCUGCAUCUCGAGCUCGAGCAGCAAUGGCGGACUCAGCAGCCGCGGCGAAGCCCACCCCGCUGCUCAAGGACGAGCUGGACAUCGUGAUCCCCACCAUCAGGAACCUCGACUUCCUGGAGAUGUGGAGGCCCUUCUUCGAGCCCUACCACCUCAUCAUCGUCCAGGACGGCGACCCUUCCAAGACCAUCAAGGUCCCCGACGGCUUCGACUACGAGCUCUACAACCGCAACGACAUCAACAAGAUCUUGGGCCCCAAGGCCUCCUGCAUCUCCUUCAAGGACUCCGCCUGCCGCUGCUUCGGCUACAUGGUCUCCAAGAAGAAGUACAUCUACACCAUCGACGACGACUGCUUCGUCGCGAAAGACCCAUCAGGCAAAAUGAUCAAUGCCCUCCAGCAGCAUAUCAAGAACCUCCUCUGUCCAUCCACUCCCUUCUUCUUCAACACGCUGUAUGACCCUUACACGGAAGGUGCAGAUUUUGUCCGUGGAUACCCUUUCAGUCUGCGCGAGGGUGUACCGACUGCGGUUUCUCAUGGCCUCUGGCUCAACAUCCCAGAUUAUGAUGCGCCUACACAGCUCGUGAAGCCUCUUGAAAGGAACCAAAGGUAUGUUGAUGCGGUCUUGACAAUACCAAAGGGCACUCUUUUCCCUAUGUGUGGCAUGAAUUUGGCAUUCGACCGUGAGCUUAUUGGCCCUGCAAUGUACUUUGGACUGAUGGGCGAUGGCCAGCCAAUUGGGCGCUACGACGAUAUGUGGGCUGGCUGGUGUGUCAAGGUCAUCUGUGAUCAUCUGGGACUGGGAGUGAAGACCGGUUUGCCCUACAUAUGGCACAGCAAAGCCAGUAACCCGUUUGUGAACCUAAGGAAGGAGUAUAAAGGCAUCUUCUGGCAGGAAGAGAUCAUCCCGUUCUUCCAGGCCGCCACUCUUCCCAAGGACUGCACCACCGUCCAGAAAUGCUACAUCGAGCUCUCCAAGCAAGUCAAGGACAAGCUCAGCAAGGUCGACCCCUACUUCGAUAAGCUCGCUGAUGCUAUGGUCACUUGGAUCGAGGCCUGGGACGAGCUCAACCCACCUUCCGGAGCCGCCUCCAAGGUGCCGAACGGCAAGGCCAAAUAAGGAAGUACCGUACUUUGAGGGAUAUAUUAGCUCCUUAAUUUUCCAAUCUAAGAAUUCAUACCAGAGAGCCAUUACCAUUACAGUACUUUUUUUCCUUCUUUUCCUCUCUUUUGAUUUUACUUGGGAGAGUAUAACGUAUCGAUUGUAGGCUUGUUUCCUGGGGCUUUCCUUCCACUUGGUGGAUGUAACUUCACUGAUUCAGUUCCUACUAUGAUGUUGUUUAACAAUAAAACAACGAGUCUUCUAAUGGA